AUGAGAGAGAAAAAAUGUGGUGUGAAGUGUUAUUAAUUAUUUUUAGUACUAUCACGACCUCAUUUUCAUUAGGUUGUCGGCCAGAGCAAAAUUAUUUUAAUCCUAUCACUUACUAAGUUAUUUAAUCACGGCCAUUAAUCCUUUCGCGGCAUAUAAGUGCAUUCUAGCAUGAAGCGAUACAAAUGUUUUGAUGUUGUCAUCUGACCUCUUUGUGUUUCACCUACAGAUUGACACCGAAGUUUGCGAGCAGACCUUCUCUUGGCUGUCAAAAUAUGAAAAAAUGACAAGGAAAAUGAACAGAGGACACUGUGUCUUUUUUAUGAUUUAUGUUCAGCACUUACGUAACCUUACAGAAGAGGAAAAACUCCGAAACAGUGGAUAUAUGGCUUGAUCUAACAAUGAUCAAAGUUGAAGCAUACUGACAAGGAAGAAAGAUUGGUUGGAGAUCGGGUUUCUUAACUUGUAACUAACUGGUAUUGAAACAAUGGUUACAUCUUCUAUUCAAGAUCAAAAUAGUUCUUACAUGUAAGGAAAAAUGGAAAAAACAAUACAGAAAUAAAACCAAGUGCUUAUAAAGCGCACUGAGCGUCUCGUGACUCAGAGAAAGUGCGACAUUAAACUCAACUUGUCAAAUUAACUAUUCCAAACUUCUACACUUCUAAGAAGUGUGGAACUAAGUAAAAAAUGACAGGGGGUUCUAACAAGGGGAAAAGUGCAACAAUAUCCUAACUUUGUCAGACUUUUCCACACUUCCACACCUCUGAGAAGUGAGGAACUUAGUAAGAAGUGA